ACAGCAACGCCAACGGCAACGGCAAUAACAACAGCAACAGCAACAGCAACUUUAACCAUAACAAAUGACUCGCACAGCAGCCACGGCACCAAUGUGGUCAGCUCUUCAGCUCUGGAUCGAAACGAAGGAGUAGCGAAAACUUUAUCGGAAAUACAAAUUGGAAUUGUGGGUGCUUUAGCCACCUCAACCACGACGUCAACGGCCAAGCCCACCACCACGACGACAGCAGCAGCGAGGGUUGCCACAACAGCAGCAGCAGCAGCAGCAGCAGCAGCAGCAGCAGCAGCAGCAGCCGCAGCAUCACCAGCGGCAGCAACUGCAGCAGCCAUUUCAAGCGGAAAUGAAGCAGGCAGACAAAUCAGCAAUUUUGAGGCUGCAACAACGACUACGGAAGACUCUGCAGCUGGCAAAGAAAGCUCGACAACGGAAGCAACAGCCACCACUACGGCGGAUAGGCUAAUGACGACAAACGUGCCGCCACUUGCAUCGUUGAGUAGCAUUUUCGACAGGCUUUAUCGCAUUAAGCUGAGCGAGACGGCAUCCCAGCAGCAGCAGCAGCAGCAGCAGCCAGAGAGCUCCUCAGCUACGCCACUCGAUAUACAAAUGCAGGCAGCUGAGUCGUAUCAGGUGGCCGAAACUCUAGCCGAUCUCAAUGAGGAUGAGCGCACACGCUACGGCGCUAUGUUGGCCCAACAGCCAGUGAGCCAAAGUAAGCUGAAUAUUGUGGAUCUGUAUCCGGUGCAGUUGGAAGACUUUCAGCCUCGCGCCGAUAAUGUGGAGCUGCUCAGAGAGCCUGCGAUAUUCAGGCAGUCUGAGAAUGCUGAAGAAUAUCGACAGAAUCUCAUGCCCAAUGAGGUGGGCUUGCAGGCAGCGGAAUACAGCUCUAAUACCAAUCAGGCAACAACUAUGAAGACGGCAACGACUCCGCUGAUGGCUACGCCAAGCGUGGCCACAACGUCGAGCUAUUUCACUGGCAAGCUCUUGGCUGAGCAGGAUGAUUUGAUAACCGAAAUUGAGCGUAAGUUUCAAUUGGAGGAAACGACAACUGCGGCACCUGCAAGUUCCAGUCGGGCUCGGCUCACAGAGCUGCCUCAACUGCAGCCAGGGGAUACGUACGUAGAUCGACGCGUGAAGAAGAACUUCGAGUUUCCAAUGCAGCAACGGGCCAGCGAUGUUAUGGCCCUGCCACACAUUGACUUUGCCAAUACCAAGUUCAAUACAGACGCGAAUGAUGGGCGACCGGUCAGGAUAACAGCAGCAGCCGCAGCAGCAGCAGCAGGAGGAGGAGGUGGAGCAAGAGGAGCUGUGGCAGCAGCGGGAGCACCCACACAUCCAGAGUUCUCAACCACAAAGUUUUACAACAGUAAAGAGUUGUACAACGAAAUGUUGUUGCAUAAUAAACGAAAGUUAAUGAAAGAAAUUGGGUAUGCGACAGCAGCUCCAAUCGAGACAGCGAGCAGCAUUAUAAAGUCAUCAGAGACCAUGGUUGGACAAAGUUCAGAGCAGCAGCCACGUCAAGUCAUUAGACCAAGCGAGACCACAAACUUGGAACUAAGCAGCUCAACAGAGUCUGCUACUACGACUACCCGGGCCUGGCCAACCAGACGCGUGACUUUGACGUCUACGGCGCAAACUUUUGAUGGGGCCACAACAGCAGCAGCAGCAGCAUCAGAGCCAGAAGCAGCAACAACAAUAACAAGUAAAUUGUCUACUAUGAGACCCAUUAAAUAUGGGCAGGAGCUAAAGCGCGCUAAGUUAUUGUUGAAGACUUUAACCCCGCUCGAUGCUGCUGUCGAACCGCAAAUGGAAAAGCUAGAAGUGGUCUCAGCGAAAAUCAAAAUAACAACAACGGCCGCCAAACAGAGUCCAGCUGACAUGGAAAAAUCCAGCCAGUUGGCUAAUCUUACAAAAUCGUCCUUAAAGCCAAUUGCUGUGCCGCGCAUUUUAAGUCGCCUACAGGAAAAAAUCAAUUCACUUGACUGUGACAUACAAAAUGUGCCGCAGGAUUCGCAUUUGUGGCGUGGAAACGAAACGCACGAGCUUCUCCUGCCAAAUGUGACGCCGCAGCAUUGCCAGCCCGACGAACCUUGCGCUCCCAAUAAGCUGACGUGGGAGGGCGAGGCUGAUAUUCAAUCCGGGGACAUUUUAAUUGUGGAAAUUAACGAUGCCAAGCUGAGUACGGAAAAAGUGCAGGACAAUAUAAAGAGCCAAAGCGCUGCGCAUGCCGCACAGGUCUAUCAGGUAACUCGUUCCGGGCACGAGCACUGCGAUGUCACCGAGGGCGUACUGCUGGAUAUAACGCCUCUAGUGGUCGAUGGCAGGAAGCUGGUUACGCUGUACGAUAAGGACCUCACGGAGGGAGUUAACUUGUUAAUUGUGGUGUCCGAGCUGUGGGGAGCGCAGUGUGUACGCCUAAAGGUGACCACAAAAACCGACAAUUGUGGCGAGAAUGCCGAUUGCUCCGGCAAGGGCGUGUGCUAUUCGAGCGGCGUGAUGGAGGAGUAUGAGUGCCAGUGCUGCGGCGGCUUUGCGGGUCCACAUUGCGAGGAAAUUGAUGCUUGUAACCCCAGUCCGUGCACUAACAAUGGCAUCUGUGUGGACCUCUCACAGGGCCAUGAGGGCAACUCGUAUCAGUGCUUGUGCCCAUACGGUUAUGCGGGCAAGAAUUGUCAAUAUGAAUCGGAUCUAUGCAAUCCAGCUGAGUGCAUGAAUGGCGGUAGCUGUCUCGGCAACUCAACGCAUUUUCGCUGUGAUUGCGCACCUGGAUACACGGGACCACUCUGCCAGCAUAGCCUAAACGAAUGCGAGUCGUCGCCCUGUCUGCAUGGCAUUUGUGUGGAUCAAGAAGACGGUUUUCGUUGCUUCUGUCAGCCAGGCUUUGCGGGCGAGCUGUGCAACUUUGAAUAUAAUGAAUGUGAAUCGAAUCCAUGUCAGAAUAGCGGCGAAUGUAUCGAUCACAUUGGCAGCUAUGAGUGCCGCUGCACGAAAGGUUACACGGGCAAUCGUUGCCAAAUAAAGGUUGAUUUCUGCGCCAAUAAGCCCUGUCCCGAAGGACAUCGCUGUAUCGAUCAUGGAAAUGACUUCAGCUGCGAAUGCCCAGGAGGUCGCAAUGGACCGGAUUGUAAUCAAAUGCCACGAACGCAAUGUAGCGUGAAUCCGUGCACCCAUGGCGGCACCUGCUGGUCCAGUGGUGAUAGCUUCUACUGUGCCUGUCGUCCCGGCUACACGGGCACCAUGUGCGAGGAUGAGUUUGUGGUGGAGACCGUCGUCAGUUCAAGUGAAUUUAUCGUCGACGACGCGAAUGCCAGAAAUUUUAAUGACAAAACUUUUAGUUCAUCGGUUGUGCUUAAAAGUCCCAUUGAAUUGCAUAAUGCAUAUUUUGCGGCUGGUGUUCUGGCGGCCGCCAUUUUCAUCGUUGCCAUUGUGGUCACAAUUUGUCACUGCAACGUGAAUCAAACGUACCGUAAGUUCUCGACGCGUUCCACUUCGUUUAUACCCAUAUUGGGGUUCACUCGACGACCCAAGAUGCAGGGCACUCUCAAUAAACACUGGCUAAGUGGCAAGGCGCUCAAUGAUCCCGCUGCAGUGGCACAGCGUGACGCAAGCUCUGCAGCAGCCAGCAGCAAUCCGGUGCAGCAGUCAACGCGCCAUUUGUCCUCGAAGCCAAAUGGCAGCAGCCACCACACACAGACAACGCUCGGCGGCCAGCUGCACGAGAGGCCUUUCCAAAGGCAUCUGGCCAUGAACAUGGAGAACGAUAUGUACUACACGGUUGACUUCAGCGAGAGCUCCUCACAGCAAUUGCCGCUAAUACAGUGAGGUUUGCCUACAGCAACCGGAACGGCAGCCGACGACGACGUUCGCUGGUUAGUUAAAUUUACGAAGAAGCUUCCAACACAUUAGUAGAAAUAGAAGCUCACUUCUUUGUGCUACUCUAGCAAUAAACGUUGCCAGUACUGACAAUAUGAGCAGUAUUGAUAUUAUUAAAUGACAAAUUCAAGUUGAGAAUAAAUAAAACUUUUAAUUAAGCUAAUAUAAUAUGAUAAUUCCAUGAUAAUAUGCUAAAGCUGCUUGUGUACUUAUUUUUAAACUGAAAUACUCUGAAAAAGGAAAGUUUUUAGUUCGAUACACAGAACAAGAUUAGAUUUAAUUCACUUCACUUCAGAGCGAUAGACUUUAGGGCAAUUUCCCGCGAAGAAGUUUACUACAAAAGGUAUUCAAUAUUUAAUUUGAUUUCCCCUUUUUUGUAUUGCCUGCCAGCAGAGAAGAUUAAACCAUUGAUUAAAUAAAUUCAUUUCAAUAAUAGGCCCAUUAUAGCUGCUGUUUUCAAUGGGCCACAUAAAUAAUCAAUUAAAAUUAACCGCGUUGAUCAAAUUUCACUAUUUGCGUGCAUAAAGAAUAGACAGCAAACUGUUAUUCAAUUACACAGGCCAACAAAAUUUGAUAAAAGUUCAUAAUCAGCCAUCAGACUGA